GAUAGAUAAUUUAUAUUUAAUUAAUUCUUUUACAUUUCUCGCAAUCCAAAUUUCUUUCUUUCUCUUUCUAUUUCUCUUUCUUUUCCUCUUUCUAUUUUUUCAUUUAGACUUUUGUUUACAUUUUUAUUUACUUUGUUUCUCUCAUUUUAAUUGAUUCAUUUUAUUGUUGUUGAUUAAUUUUUUAUUAUUAUUUUCUACUCUGUGAUAAUUUAAAUUGACCCAAACAUGUCUGAAGAAGUUCCAAUUGAUAUUCAUGCUUCCAAAUUACUUGAUUGGCUGAUUACUCGUCGUCAUAUUAAUAAGGAUUAUCAAGUUCACCUGAAUAAAAUUAGAGAAAAGAUUCUGGAAGCCAUUCAAGAUAUGCCAGCUCAUCCCAAGAUCACGCAACUUCUUGCUGGAACACAAUUGAAUUACUUUAACUGUAAACAAAUUGUUGAAAUAUUGAAAGAGACUGAAGCUGAUUCGAAAAACAUUUUCGGCUACUAUUCAUCUAAACGUGUCAAGGAUUGGCAAGAGAUUGUUAGACUUUAUGAAAAAGAUGAUGUCUACCUGGCUGAGGCCGCAUCGAUGCUUCAUAGAAAUGUUAACUUUGAAGUGCCAACAGUUCGUAAACAAUUGAACAAAUUCCAAGCCAACAGUGAAGAGCUAAUGAGAAAAUCGAGUGACUGUAUUAGCCGAGCAAACAGAUUGAAGGCUGAAUAUAAAGCGUUUGCUGAGAAAUUUGGAAUCAAGGGUGAUAAUGUCCAUCAAGAGUUCCAAGAAUUGAUCCAAGAUUUGCCAAAAUACGUUCAAGAACUUGUACAGGAGCUUCCAAAACUUUCAGAUAAUCGAGAUUAUUAUCAAGAAUUCCUCAAGUUUACCCAUAGAAGUGAAAACAUUUCGUGUUUACCUUUGUUGAAAUAUUUAAUUACCAAAGGAAACACAACCGUUUACGAAUAUAAAAAUGGAGUAGCGCCUACAACCAUUGAAGAAUCAAUCAUCGAUUUUGGUAAUACUCAAUUAGAAGGCCAAGAAGAUGACCAGGUAAUUGAUUUUGGUGAUGAUGUUAUUGAAUUUGAACGAGACACUGACAGUUCAAGUCCAUCAAAUGGAAAUGGAGAUUUCGUUCAUGUUGAGAAGGAUGAAUGUAUUGAAGAAGGAGAUAUCAAUUGGGAGAUCGAAGCUGUUGAAAUAUCACCCGGUGAAUCUUUACAAGAUAAAUCAGAAUUAUGUCAUGUUGCCAGAGGAACGGAUGCUCUCACAUUACUAGAAUACUCGGUGACAAGAAAUAAUCUGAUUAACGAACUACACGAGAUUGAAGGAUUUUUCGAUCAACGUAUUUUCGAGAUGAAAAUGGAGGAAAAUGUUCUAUCUGAAAAUCAAUUCCAAGGAGCCCCGAACAUUUUACAAAUGACCACAGCUGAAAAAUUGUCAACCCAAAUGAAACAAGGACAGAAAAUCCUCCAAAUGAUGACCAAUGAAAAGACCAAUUUGAUCUUCAUGAUGAGAGAUGACCGUAAAUACAUUGACAAUGCUGCUGACAAGAUGAAAAUGAAACUCUCGUUAGCGGAUAAAGCUCUUGAUAAAUCUAAAUCGUUACAAGAAAAGGCUAAAGAUGAAUCAUUACAGGGAGAAAAGUUUGCACCAGAAAUUCCCAAGUUAAUUAAGAGGACGAAAGAAUUGCAGAAACAAAUCGAAACUGAAAUUUCCAAGAAAUACAAAGGAAGACCAGUUAAUAUAAUGGGAGGCUAUCAAAUCUUAUGAGAAAUUAAUCUUUUAUUUUCAAAAAUAAUACAUAAUUGUAAUUGUCUAUGAAUUAUUAUUGUUAUAACAAUCAACUAAAACGAGGAAUCUCAUAGUAGCAUUCGCGAAACAAGUAACAGAAUCGGAAUCACUUUUUACGAUUUCCUUUCCUUAUGAAUUGGUGAACUGCAAUAUUCAAAAUGAUUAUAUUAUUAAUUGGGAUUUUGUUAAUUUCUAAACAGAGUUUAUUUGAUUAAAAAACUCAUCAAUUUGUUAUCUUAAUAA